GCAGUGUGGUAAACAUUGGCUUCACAGAACAAAAUAAACAUUAAAUAAACGCCAAUAUCCGUUUCGAGCGACCACUAAAAUAGAACAGUGAUAGUCUGCUCUUGAAACUAAACAGGAUUGUUCAUAAUUUAAAGGGAUAUGUGUAAAGUUUAACGAAGCGCAACUGUCCCUCUUACUUGUGUAUAUAUCUUUAUUAUCUAUAUCAAGUUACUCUAUGUAUCCAUCUACCCAUCUCGCCUCUCCUACUCUCUUGCACUUGCAAAGGCCAGUGAUAAUAGAAAUAAAAAGCAUAAUAUUUGCAACUUGUAUUUUCCUUUUCCUGCAAUUUUUCUAUCUUUCAGAUAUGAUAUCUAAUUUUUUUGCAACUCUGAUAUGAUUGUCAAUGUGAUAACAUGUUUUCUCUGCGCCUCAAAACAUGCAGGUUCAGGUUUCAAUGUGAUACACCAGAAAACCCAACUUAUCGAGAUAACAGAAAGGUGCUUGAAAGUGGCUGUCUAUAUGAUACUAAUAAUAUCGUUUUUUGACUAGAGGAGAAGCGCUGCCGUAUCUUCUGAAUUACUUUGUUUCAACCGUCAGCCUGUGGGCGAGAAGUGGGGGUUUAAGCUGGGCCUUCAACGAGAAGGAUGAUCACGUGAGAACAGUAUGGGCAGUAUCUCUUGAGAUGACAAGCACUGUGCUGGGUUAUCCGCCGUGAUCGUAAUGAGUGUUGGCAGAUAGAUAAUGAACAUUGAAGUGAUAAACUGGAGUUCACUUUCUGUUCUACGCACUAAUUUUAGUGCUGAAGUUCACCUCCGAGGCUGGGUGCCCGAUAACCCCAAAUCACACAGCGCAGGCUUGUUUCUUGUCAGCUGAACCUGUCCAAACAUAGAUUUAGAAUUGAAAUUAAGACACGCCCCCUUUUCAUUAUGCUAAAAUACCAAAGCCACUUUUCGACACAAACGUACUUGUCGCUGUGAAGGUUAACACUAUAGAGCGCAAAGUUCUGUUUAUGACGCUAAAAAGGAUGAUAACCAAUUAUUGAUUCCGAGCAAAGAAAGGGAAACUAGUGUGUGCAACAACGAACAUUUUAUAAUUCUUGCUCGGGAAACACUGACUGAAACUGGCGAAAUGUCGCUGGGAGGAAAAUUGGACGAUGCUGGCCACUCUAAUAUCAACGAAUUCAGUCUGUCGAGGGACACACCCAAAACAGCAACUGUUCCCCAUGAGAUGAACGAUGCUUACCACAACGACCUAUCGCCUGCUAACACCUUCAUGCCGUUUUUGUACAAUAAAGCUGCAGGUGACUUUUCAACGUUCUCAGACAGGGCUCUUGAUUUCUAUGAAGGGCAGCCAUUGUACUACAAUCACCAACACUUCACACAGCAUGUUGAACCUGUCAAAAUGUUCAAACCUGUUCUCAUUUAUCAACGUCCAGACACACAGAUUCCGACAACUGACCAAGAUGAGGCACAAAGAAGAACUGACAAUCCCUGUUGUAAAUCCAGCCUUGGUCAUUCCUCCUUUGAUCAACUCCAGUCGUCACCAUAUUGUUCAAGUGACAUCUAUAACGGCGGCUCACCUACAAUCUGCAGUCAUAAUAAAACUCAACUCACCGAUAGUAACAAUUGUGACGAGCACAUGUGUCCACGUCAGGACAGUGACAGCGCCGCUUCCAGUAUCGGGAAAACAUUUGACAUCUUAGAAAACGACUUGAAGAAAAAAAAGGAGCCAACCUGCUCCCAAAUGGCAGAUGACAGCCAUGGCUUGUCAGCUUUCAGAAGAGUACGCACUUCAGCUUUUCGGAGAUACAAGAAUGGGGAGGCCGUGAGUCCUUCAAGGCAGCGCUUUGAACAAUAUUAUAACGUUACUGGUGGCCAGACUAUAAGCACUGUAAGUCAUCCGUCAUGUGCUGUUUGUGAAAUGUCCUUUCAGUUGGCUCGUCUGGGUAAGAACAAUAUACAACCCAUCUCUCAGUUAUUGGGAACUGGCCAACAUGUCUUCCCACUAGCAUCAUUUCCCAAGGAAUAUUAUUUCUCUCCCUUUCAGAAUGUGGACAGCACUUUGCCGGUUUGCGACCAACACUACCGAAAGACAUUCAUAGACGACGAGUACCAUCAUCUUCAUGGUAGGCACACAGAAAAAACUAGGAAUGAGCAAUUCUGGAAUACUGUACGUCCAGUCUUACAUUAUAACUCUAAGGAGCAUUCCCUACCUAUUGAUACAAUGCCAAGCCAGGAAACGUUCAUGUGUGGUUUUUGUGAGAUGACUUUCUAUAACGCCGUCAAAAUGAAAAAGCAUCUUCGUGUACAUUCAGGUGAACGACCGUUCCGAUGUGACUGUGGUCGGGCUUUCGCGCGAAAAGAAGAGCUGACCCGGCAUCAAAGAAUCCACUCCGGUCACCGACCACACGAGUGUCAGGUGUGCGGGAAGGCGUUUGGGAGGAAAGACCACCUGAAUAAGCAUCGCAACACACAUCUGAUGACGUCAGAGAAAAAAGUGCACGCUUGUGAUGUCCCAGGGUGCCACCAGCGCUACACCCGCUCUGACGCACUCGCCCGACACCAGUUGACGUCACACGGAAUCAAGCCCAAGGCUUCAAAGUGGCGCCCACAAAUAAUACGCCAGUAAAGCUUACCGCAAAAUGUUCUGCGAUGUAUUAUAAAUAUAACACACACACACACACACACACACACACACACACACACACACACACACACACUUUUAGCGUUUUCCAAUAUAUACAUUGCUUUAAAAAAUGGAAAGGGGGAUAGGAGGGAUUGAAGGCGUUGGCCUAAUAUUAUGCCUCAGGCAGUGACUCAGGGUCGCAACUACCAACACAUUUUUCUGUUGAGUCUUGUCUAAUCUCUAUCUUUAUCCCUAAUGUGCGGAAUGGCCUCCAUAACCCCGACCUACUGUAAAACCCAGAUCAACUCACAUCUAUUUCUAUCACUCAAACCCUAUCCCUGUCCUCCUUCACGGAGAAUCACGUUGUGAUUAUAAUAUACAUGUAUUCAUAAAGUCAUGAAGACAAACGUACAAGUACAAGCACUUCAUCACUUGUAUACAUGAUAAGUUAAUCUCUCUAAAGAGUAAGGUGUUUUUAAAAAUGGAGGUAAGAUAUCUUCAAAAAAUACUGUUUAGAUCACAGGUGUCUAACUCAAAUUCUGCAGGCCGAAUCUGGCCUGUCAAACAAUUAUAGCCGGCCUACGAGAAAACUUUAUGUAGUCCAUACUGAGAAUCUCCAGAAAAAAACCUUAUUCAUAACAUAAACUACGAACUUAAUGAGGCCAAGAAAAGAUGCCAAACACCCAACACUGACAAAGUGGCUUAAGAGCAAAGCGAUUGGUAUGGUUAGACUAGUAUGCCUAAUUAUUAUAACUUUUGUGUUUUAAUUCAUUUUGCUGCUUUUAACAGAAAGUUGUUUUCUGUUACUCAAUGUGUGUAGGUUCAGUUCAAUUCACUACCUUAAGAAUUUAUCUCCUUGUGUGAUUGAGUUUGACACCCUUGUCUACAUUAGUCCAUUGCAUAAAGUGUAUAUGAAUCUUUGUGUCUGUUGACAACAGCUAGAGAGAAUGGAUAUUAAUCUAGAAUGAUGUUUUUGCAUUUCAAAGGGUAGGUAGAAUGCAAACUGUAUGCGUUCACAUCCACAAAAGUAGUUGAGACUUGAAUGUGUGUUUAAGUGAGCGUUUGGGUGUGUAUGUGUGAGCAUGUGGGAGUGCAUGUGUGCAUGUGUGUGCGUGUGUGUGUGUGUUUGAGUGUGCGCGUGCACAUGUUAAAACUAUUUUUUUAAUGCAGUUGUUUUUUACAUCAACACAGUUUAAAAUAUUAGAUCUAGGAGGCAAGCUUCCAACCUGCCCAUCACCGCCAACCUGGGAUGAGAGGGAUACAACAUUAAAGAAGAAAAAACCAA